AUGCAAGAAAUUUCCUUCAGCAGGAAAUCCGAACUCGCCAUUCAUCAUAGGAUUCAUACUUCGGAGAAGCUCUAUGAAUGUAAUGAAUGCAAGGAAGCCUUCUCCUAUAACAUAGCCUUUACUAACCAUCAAAGAAUUCAUGCUGGGCAGAAACGCUGUGAAUGUACUGAAUGUGGUAAAGCCUUCUUCUGGAAGUCAGAACUAAUUGUACACUCCAGAACUCACACAGGAAAGAAACCUUAUAAAUGUACUGAAUGUGGGGAAGUUUUUAGCACAAAAUCAUUUCUCACCAUACAUCACAGAUCUUAUACUGGGGAGAAGCCCUGUAUAUGUUCCAAAUGUGGGAAUGACUUCAGUCCUGGCUCCAGACUUAUUAAGCAUCAGAGAAUUCCCUCUCAGGAGAAAUCAUCAAUUUAA